AAACUUUGAUCUGCAAUGCCCUCCUCUAUUGCUGUCUUUCCCUGCAUCAGCUUCAAGAAGCUCAUUCCCUGGUUGCUAGGGCAACCAAGAAGGAUGGCCCCCAGCAGGAGCCGGGGAAGCCUUGGGCUGCCUUUAAGCUUGUCGCUUUGCUGCACGCCUGCUGACCUGCUGCUGGCUAGAAGGAGGAGCCAACUCUGCAGAGGAGCUUCCUCCGGCCCAGUAUGGGUCCUGCUGCCCUGCUGCCCCACCAUGAGACAGAGCUCCAGCGUUGGUGCUAGUGCUCCUCUCUCCCUCUGCUGGCCACUGCAAAGCUCUGACUCACUCAGCUCCAGUAAUAACAGGAGCACAGGCGGCAAGAUGUCAUCCUCUUCCUCCACCUCCUCCUCCAACAACGAUGGACAAGGGAAGCCUAAACCUAAAUCCCCCUUUCGCAAGAGGGGGAGCCUGCAGAGCACCACCAGCCCUGACCUGUGUAGCGCAUCUGGUCCCAAGCCCCUCAAGCCCCAGAGAUCUCUUCCAGGGACGCCUGUUUCUCUCUCACACUACACAAUCGACCUGCGAACAUCCAUGGAAGAAAAGUACAAAGAGAUUGCUGAGCUGUUCACACGCAGCAUGGCAGAGAGCGAGAUGCGAAGCGCUCCUUAUGAGUUCCCAGAGGACAGCCCCAUCGAACAGCUGGAAGAGCGGCGGCACCGUCUAGAGAGGCAAAUCAGCCAGGACAUUAAGCUUGAGCCAGAGAUCUUGCUCCGCGCCAAACAAGACUUCAUGAAAAUCGACAGUGCUGCAGACCUAGAGUUAUUGAACGAGACGUGCGUGGACUCUGUUGAUGAUGGCUUUAGGGAGAGGAAAAUGCCAAUGGAGAAAGAGUACCAGCGGGUCUCAAUAUCUGGGGAGGAAAAGUGCGGGGUGCCCUUCACUGACUUGGUAGAUGCUGCAAAGUGUGUGGUGAAGGCAUUAUUCAUCCGGGAGAAGUACAUAAAGCGAUCCAUGCAGUCCUUUUGUAAGACCACAAGUAACACCCUGCAGGACCUCGGGAUGAAGCCUCUGGAUCUGGCAGACUAUGACGAUAUAGCAGAGACCCCUGUAGAUGCUGAUGCCCCCGUCCAUCCACCUGUCUCAAAGACACACCCCUAUGACAAGGACCCCAAGAAUAUGCCGGCCGACACAGGAUAUGGUUGCAAGAUGGUUGAUGGAGUAGUCCAUGUCUACACUAAGAAAACCAACAUGGACAAAAACACAGAACUGGAGCUGCCCUAUCCUGACCUGACGGAGUAUAUUGGAGACAUGAAUGUUAUGAUGGCCCUCAUUAUCAAUGGCCCAGUGAAGUCUUUCUGCUACCGCCGCCUGCAGUACCUGAGCUCUAAAUUCCAGAUGCACAUCUUACUGAAUGAGAUGAAGGAGCUGGCAGCUCAGAAGAAAGUUCCACACAGAGACUUCUACAACAUACGAAAGGUGGACACACACAUACAUGCAUCAUCCUGCAUGAACCAGAAGCACCUGCUGCGAUUCAUAAAGAGAGCCAUGAAGAAAUACCCAGAGGAGAUCGUUCACAUUGAGCACGGCAUUGGUCAGACCCUCAAGCAGGUUUUUGAGAGUAUGAACCUGACGGCCUUUGACCUGAGUGUUGACACUCUCGACAUGCAUGCGGACCGCAACACGUUCCAUCGAUUUGACAAGUUCAAUGCCAAAUACAACCCCAUUGGAGAAUCCAUCCUCAGGGAGAUCUUCAUCAAGACCGACAACCACAUUGAAGGAAAAUACUUUGCACACAUAGUCAAGGAGGUGAUGUUUGACUUGGAGGAGAGUAAGUACCAGAACUCUGAGCUACGCCUGUCCAUCUACGGUCGCUGCCGGGACGAAUGGGAUAAGCUGGCUCAGUGGGCCCUCAGACAUCGAGUGUACUCUGAUAAUGUGCGCUGGCUUAUCCAGGUGCCCCGUCUUUUUGACGUGUACCAAACAAAGAAGCAGCUGGCUAAUUUCCAGGAGAUGUUGGAGAAUAUCUUCAUGCCUCUGUUUGAAGUCACGAUCAACCCGCGCAGUCAUCCUGAGCUGCAUCUCUUCCUGGAGCACGUGGUUGGCUUCGACAGCGUGGACGAUGAGUCUAAACCUGAGCACCACAUUUUUAAUCUUGACAGUCCGCUGCCAGCCAACUGGACAGAAGAAGACAACCCACCCUACUCCUACUACCUCUACUACACCUAUGCCAACAUGACUGUGCUCAACCACCUGCGAAGACGGAGAGGCUUUCACACGUUUGUGCUGCGACCUCACUGUGGGGAGGCGGGGCCGAUGCACCACCUGGUGUCAGGUUUCAUGUUGUCAGAAAACAUCUCCCACGGGCUGCUGCUCAGAAAGGCCCCAGUGCUGCAGUAUCUUUACUACCUGGCUCAAAUUGGCAUCGCCAUGUCACCACUGAGUAACAACAGCCUGUUCCUUAGUUACCAUCGCAACCCACUGCCGGAGUACCUGUCCAGAGGCCUUAUUGUCUCUCUGUCCACUGAUGAUCCUCUUCAGUUCCACUUCACCAAGGAGCCGCUGAUGGAGGAGUACAGUAUCGCUGCUCAGGUGUGGAAACUAAGUUCCUGUGACAUGUGUGAGCUGGCCAGAAACAGUGUCCUCAUGAGUGGGUUUUCACACAAGGCCAAAAGCUACUGGUUGGGCCCCAGUUAUUUUAAGGAAGGUCCUGAGAGCAACGACAUUCGCCGUACAAACGUCCCUGAUAUCCGUGUGGCGUACCGCAGCGAGACACUCGCCGAGGAGCUUCAGCUCAUCAUUCAGGCUGUGCGCACUGAAGAGCUCGACACUAUCAAUGAGGAAGAGUCCCUGUCCAUGGGCCCUCUCCCGGGACAACGCUGAAGUCACAAAAACCAGGACUUGUCCUGUAAACCCCCCCCAACCCUGUGGUCCACCCAGCAUGACACUGAAGAGACGUGGUGUGAGGGUAACCGUGUUGCGUCCUACAUAAAGUAAAAACGACUAACCAUCACUAUAGCCGCACACACCGCUACACAGCUACUAAAAAGCCAUGGAUACAGUGCUGCCAGAGCACUUCAGCGUCAACGUUCCUUGUGUUCAACUCAUUUUUAGGUUGCAGGAAAAGAUUUUAACCCCAUAUUGUUAACGUUCCAAAUUCAUAGUCAGUGUUUUCUUCAGCUCGUUUUUUUAUAACCUCUGUUUCUGUUGUUCUAUGUGGUGGCAUGUACAGCCUCCGUCUGACCACCGCCAGUGUUCCUGGUGAAGGAAAAGCAGAGAAACACUUGUCAGAGACGCUUUAGGGCAAUGUUUAUUAGUCCAUGCUUUUGACUCUUCAUCCUGUCCUGCCAAAGCCAUCAGAUGAUCCCUGUGAUUUAUUCCGUUAGUUUGCGAUAUGUUUAAAUUCACCAGACACAUUACAUAGCAUGUAGUAUCUCUCUAGUAUCUGUGUACUACAGAAACAUUGACAACCAGCACAUUUAAACUUUCUCUAUAGCACACGUUGCUUCUCUUGCACUAUACCGUCAUGCUGCUUAACUGAACCUAGUGCAUCUAUCAUCUUUAUUAUACAAAUUUAUAAUGAAGGAUUACAGAUGUAGCUUCAUGUUUGAAGCUACUUCAGGUCGGCUUAAAGCUUGGAGAUGUACAGUAACUGAAUCAGAGAGAAGAGAAUGAAUGCCGGAGAUCACCCGUGAAUGGUGCUUGGUGUGGUUUCAGAUCAUUUCUUUGCCAAAAUGCACACAAAGAAUCAUUCUUCUGUGAUUUUAAUGAGCUCAGAAAGGGACAUAAAAGAGAGAAAUUCCACAGCCCUUGAGUGUGGAGAGAAGCAGACUUCCUGGUGGUUGACUGCAAACAUUCCACAAAGCUAACCCUCGUCUUUAGCUGCAAAUCAAAUCCAGUAAAUGUCCAAAGUCAUCUUGGCUUGAACCACAGCACAAAUAAGUGUGGAUGGAUUUAGCAUUGUCAGAGGAGAACGUCCUUACCACUACCACACUGUUCACUCAUUCCUUCCCUAUGGACAAGGCAGAAAGUUGUGGAGUUUUCUUCCCCUUUUGCAUGCAGUGCACUGUACAUAAUGCACCAAGCCAAGACUUCACAGUGCCUUUUCAUUUUUAGCUUUGGGCAAAAAACGGCCAGUCUUUGCCUUCAUCAACUGAAUUGCAUAUUCUUUCCUCAGUCAUGUGCAGUAGGCCUCUAUGCUGUUGUAAUAUCCACACCGAUGGAACUGAAACCACCUAGCUGCAUGCUCGGUGUAAAAUAGCUUUUCGUCUUGGCCUUCAAUUGACGAGGAAAUUUGAUUUCUAGUCCUCUGCUUAUAAGUGCUUUUUUCUGCAUGCGUGCAUGACGGCAGGAGAGAAUGAGUUGUUUACAGCAAGCUGUAAUGUAAAGCAUCUUAACUAAUUCAGGGCUGCCAACCAGCUUUUGAGUCAGAAAUCUGUUUGCAGUAAACAGAUUUAAAUUUAGCAUUGUUCACCAUGUAGAAACAAGCAAACCAUGCUGGGACAUGGUUGAGACUGUUGCAUGGUCCUUGUAGCACUUUGUUUUGUUUUUUAAAAACUCUCCUCAAAUCUGCUCAAAGCUGGGAUCACAUUUUGUAUUGUACACUCAUCAUGUUACCACAUCACACUCCCUGCCGCUGGACACGGUCGAAUUUCCCAUUCAACUGUGAGCAUUCUUCUUAAAGCUAGAUGCUACUGUGGAGUAAUUUUUUUAUCAGAAAAUGUCCGCCUUUAUUUGAUUAAUCAACUGUAAUGUAUCAGUAUAUAAUACAUGUUUUGCUUUAUAGAUGCUCUGGAUGAAAGGUGAUAACCUGUAUUUGUUCAGCAAGAACACAGUCUCUUCUAGGGAUGAGAAGUGAAGCGCUCUAGGACUGCAUCGGAGUUGUGUGCUGAACAUGGUGUUUGUUGGAUUUCAUUUAUAAAGUGUAUUUUUUUAAAGGGGAUAUAGAGAUAAGAAAUUUUAUAUUCACAAUGUAUUGAAGGUUUGAAACUUAGUUUUGUUGCUGUAGAUCAUUGUGAAUUAGCAUUAUGUUCUCAAACUACAAUGUUAUUGUUGUAAGCCUAUUUAAUUUGUUAAUCAGACACCAUAUUUGAGUGUGUGUCCUGCCUAUUUAAUAUUAUAGUAGAUGUUCUUUCUCACACUAUAUGUUAUAGCACACCUAUUUCACCCCUAGAUAUGCUGCUGCUUUGGCUACAGCUCCCACCACACACACACACACACACACACACACACACACCGAAAAACAACCCUUAUUUAUUUAUUUUUGUCCCAUCAAUAGAGUUGACUUUUUCUAUUGUUGUUGUUGCAAAUACUCGUUUCAACCAUUGAUCUUGACUGACUUGUCCAAUAGCGUCAUAGACUGAAGCACAUAUUAUAAUUACGUCCAAGUAUUGCAGCCUCAUUUUGUUAUUGGUCUUUCCUAGUUUUAAUGUUUAACAACCAUCGUGUUGAUUACUUUGCAACAUUUUGUAAGGUAAUUAUGGGAAUAAGUGCUUGAUGGCAGCGUACCCUGCUAUGGUGCAUUGUCGCUGGAAGACAAUUAGAAUCUGGACUGACCUGAACCUUUUCCAUCCAUUCAGCUUUGCAACCUGUUUACUGUACGUAUGUCCCCUUCAUGGUUUCAUGUUGUCUCUUUACAGUCAACACAGAGCCACUUGUCUGUGCACUCACACAACAUAGUGCAUCAUACCUCACAAAUACUAAUCCAUGAUAGUUGUGAUGUUGCUGCUCUGUGUUGUCCUCAACAAUAGCAAACCACAACAUAGGUUUGAUUUGAUUUUUAUUUAUCUCAAACAAUCAACGGUAUGUUGAAAAAAAACAUGGUUAUUUUCACUAUUAAUGAAUCCAUUGAUCUUUCUCAAUGGUUUGAUCUAUAAAAUUGUGAAAAAUGCCAAUCAUAAUUGAUUAUAUACAUAUAUAUUGAUGUAUUCAAAUUGUUUGUUUUAGUCCAUAACCCAAAACUAUUUGCCUCACUAUCAUUAACACCAAAGAAAAAGCGACACAUGUAAGUUCACAUUUAAGAAGCUUAAACCAGUACAUUGGUCAUUUUUACUUUAUCGAUCAUCACAGUUGUUGCUGAUUAUUUUUUUGACAGUUAACGAAUCAAUUAAUCCCAGGAAAUAAUGGCACAUGAGUAGUGAUCCACAAGAGAUAUAACCGCUGAGACCAUCUAAAUAUACUGGAUUGGAUGUCCCCACUGUGAUAUUGGGAUGCCAACACAAAAAUACACCUGUUAUUCAAAAAUAUAUGCUACGAUUUAUAGUUCACAUUGAUUUCACUGUGCAUUAAUUAGAGGUAUUCUGAUGCUCACACUCGAGAUAUGUUUGUGUUCAGCUAAUAUUUUAUCUUUUUUUUUUUACACAAUCUCGUCACUUUUUUCCUCAUUUUAUGUCCAUUGUUUAUGUAGCCAUAUUAUUGCCUGAAUGGAUUGCCAGUGUUUAACAAAUGCUUCUGAUGCUGUCUGAACAAUGAAAUAAAGCAUGUUUAUUCACUCAAUA